AUGCUCGCCGCAUCUCCCGCUCCGGCUGCCGCACUAGCGGGUGGCCUUCAGGCCGCCUGCCCGCCGCAGCAUGGGGGCGCGCGGGGAGGCGCGCGGCCGUGCACAGGCUGGUUGACGGGCGGAGAACUGAGAGGCGCGCUCUCUCACAGCGCGGCCCAAAGCGGACUCUCCGCGCCGUGUCGAAAAGCGCCUUGUGGAGCGGCGAGACGCGGCGCCCCUGUUGUUUGCUCCGCGGCUGCUAAGCCCGCUUUCGGGCGGCAGAUGCUGGUGAUGGUGCCACCGCACCCGCUGAUCAAGCACUGGAUUGCCAUCCUGCGCAACGCCACCUCGCCACCCCCCAUCUUCCGUGCCGCACUGGCCGAGCUUGGUCGCAACAUUGCUUAUGAAGCUACUCGUGAUUGGCUGCCCAUGAUUCAGGGCGAGGUGGCCACGCCCUGUGGUGUCGCUGAGGUGGAGGCCGUUGACCCCUACAAGCCAAUUGCAGCCACUGUUUACUGCUGUUCCGUGCAUGAUCACCGACCAUGGCGCACCACCAUUGUUUCUAGGCUAGUUGGUGAUGGGCUCCUCCGCCUUCCAUCUCCACUGCCCUCCUCUCUCAAUCCCUCUUCCCUAUUUCCCCCUCUCCUCUUUUUCUUCUCCCCCCUCCUCUCAUCUCCUCUCAUCUCCUCUCCUCUCCUCUCAUCUCCUCUCAUCUCCUCUCCUCUCCUCUCAUCUCCUCUCCUCUCCUCUCAUCUCCUCUCCUCUCCUCUCCGCCCCUCUCCUCUCCUCUCCUCUCCUCUCCUCUCCUCUCCUCUCAAGCGGUCCGUGUAUUAG